AUGAAAUCUGACAAAACACCUAAGAUAAAUAAAUUUAUUAGACGUUUAUAUAAAAUUGUCAAUGAUAAUUCAUUUUCUGAAAUUCAAUGGACUACAGACGGUCUUAGAUUUUAUAUCACAGAUAAGACUGCAUUUAUGCUUAAUGGUCUUAAAUAUUUAAGUAAAACAACAGAAUACAGUGCCUUUGUUCGACUUUUGUAUGUUUAUGGCUUUUCUAAAUCAAAAUCUUUAAACGCAUACGAAGAAGAAUAUUAUCAUAAAAAUUUUAAAAGAGAUGGUGAUAACUUACUACCGUGCAUACAAAGAACUGUAGAAACCAAAACCACAUUACUACAAAAAAAUACUAAUAGAACGCCUAAUCAAUUACAAGAUCUUUUACAAUAUUUAAAUAAUCAAAAUUUUAAACUUGAAGGCGAAAUUAAAUCUUUGAAGGAUCGUGUAGAUCAACAGGAUUGUACAAUUAAUGGUUUGGUGCAAUUACUUACCAGAAUAUUUAGGACAAAUGACAGUAAUAAAGACAUGUUACUACCACUAAAUAUCACUGAACACGGAUCACCUAUAAAUAAUGAACUUAGAAUAAAUUAUGAUAAAAAUCAGGUUGCACGGCUAAUGGCAGAUACACCAAAUAUUGAUGGUAGACUUGAAAAUACAAAUAUAGAAUUAUCUAAUAACAAAAACUUUCUUUUUGAUUCAGAUGAUGAAGAUUCAAUUUAUAAAACAAACUUUUUUUAA